CGAUUCUUGCACUCGCUGGAAAGCGGCUCCGAGCCAGGGGCCAUCGCAAAGCCAGGGUGCGCAGCCCGGCGGAGAGGGCAGAGCCCUAGCGCAGAGCGAGCAGCACCGCAGCCCAGGCGGAGGCCGAAGAGGGGCACCAGGCACCAACCCUCGCUUUGCCUCAGCUCUGGAGGCGCCCCAGAGCGCUUCUUGUCCCCGCAGCAGCCUCUCCGCCUGCUCCCAACGCGCGGUGCCUCCAACUCUGCGCUGGAAGAAAAACUUCCCGCGCGUCGGCAGAACUGCAGCGCCUCCUCCUAAGUGACUCCGGGAGCUUCGGCUGUAGCCGGCUCUGCGCGCACUUUCAAAGACUAAUAGUAAUUGUUAACUUUAACAAUCCAGAGUGAGGCCAGCGGGGCUCUGCUCUCCCGACCCGACCAAAAGCUCUCUCGCUCCGCGCUCUGCUGCGCGCCGUGUCUCCCAAGGCUCUGAUGCAGCGAGCGGUCCUCGCAGGGUCCCGAAGGCGCAAGCUGGGCGGCGACAUGGGGAACGCGGAGUGGGCGCCGCGGUCUUGGAGCUUUAGGCCCGCGCCCACGCUGCUGCUGCUCGCUGCGGCCGCAGCUCUGCUAGCAGUGCCCGGCGCACGCGGGCGCCCCGCCGAGGAGGACGAGGAGCUGGUGCUGCCGGCGCUGGAGCGCGCCCCGGGACUUGGGACCACGCUCCUCCGCCUGGACGCCUUUGGCCGGUGGCUGCAUCUGGAGUUGCAGCCCGACCGCGGCUUCCUGGCGCCCGGCUUCACGCUCCAGACCGUGGGGCGCAGACCCGAGCCCGAGGCGCCGCGCUCGGACCCAGCCGGCGACCUGGCGCACUGCUUCUACUCGGGCACCGUGAAUGGCGACCCCAGCUCGGCCGCCGCCCUCAGUCUCUGUGAGGGCGUGCGCGGCGCCUUCUACCUGCAGGGCGAGGAGUACUUCAUCCAGCCCGCGCCAGCCGCCGCCACCGAGCGCCUCGCCCCCGCCGCCGCGGGGGAGGAGCCGCUGGCUGGGCCGCAGUUCCAUCUCCUCCGGCGGAGGCGGCGGGGCGGCAGCGGCGCCAAGUGCGGGGUCAUGGACGACGAGACCCUGCCGGCUCGGGGCGCGGGGCCGGAGGGCGAGGAUGCUGGGGCGCAGUGGCUGCCGCGGGACCGGGCGACACCAGGCGCAGGACAGACUACAGGAACUGGAAGCAUAAGAAAGAAGCGAUUUGUGUCCAGCCCCCGCUAUGUGGAAACCAUGCUAGUGGCAGACCAGUCAAUGGCAGAAUUCCACGGCAGUGGUCUAAAGCAUUACCUUCUCACCUUGUUCUCGGUGGCAGCCAGGUUGUACAAACACCCCAGCAUUCGGAAUUCAGUUAGCCUGGUGGUGGUGAAGAUUUUGGUUAUCUAUGAAGAACAGAAGGGGCCAGAAGUGACCUCUAAUGCUGCUCUUACUCUGCGGAACUUCUGCAACUGGCAAAAGCAGCAUAACCCACCCAGUGACCGGGAUGCAGAACAUUAUGACACGGCAAUUCUUUUUACCCGACAGGAUUUGUGUGGGGCCCAGACAUGUGAUACUCUUGGGAUGGCUGAUGUUGGAACUGUGUGUGAUCCAAGCAGAAGCUGCUCAGUCAUAGAAGAUGAUGGGUUGCAAGCUGCCUUCACCACAGCCCAUGAAUUAGGCCACGUGUUUAACAUGCCACAUGAUGAUGCAAAGCAGUGUGCCAGCCUGAACAGUGUGAACCGGGACUCCCACAUGAUGGCAUCAAUGCUGUCCAAUUUGGAUCGUAGCCAGCCUUGGUCUCCCUGCAGUGCCUACAUGAUUACGUCAUUUCUGGACAAUGGUCACGGGGAAUGUUUGUUGGACAAGCCCCAGAGUCCCAUACAGCUCCCUGCCGAUCUCCCCGGCACCUUGUAUGAUGCCAACCGGCAGUGCCAGUUUACAUUUGGGGAAGAGUCCAAACACUGCCCCGAUGCAGCCAGCACGUGCACCACCUUGUGGUGUACCGGGACCUCUGGCGGCUUGCUGGUGUGCCAAACCAAACACUUCCCUUGGGCAGACGGCACCAGCUGUGGAGACGGGAAAUGGUGUGUCAACGGCCAAUGUGUGAACAAGACUGACAAGAAGCAUUUUGACACGCCUGUUCAUGGAAGCUGGGGGCAGUGGGGGCCCUGGGGGGACUGUUCGAGAACCUGUGGUGGAGGAGUUCAGUAUACAAUGAGAGAAUGCGACAACCCAGUCCCCAAAAAUGGAGGGAAGUACUGUGAGGGCAAACGUGUGCGCUACAGGUCAUGUAACAUCGAGGACUGUCCAGAUAAUAAUGGAAAAACCUUCAGAGAGGAGCAAUGUGAGGCACACAAUGAAUUUUCCAAACCUUCCUUCGGGAGUGGGCCUGCAGUGGAGUGGACACCCAAGUAUGCUGGUGUCUCACCCAAAGACAGGUGCAAGCUCAUCUGUCAAGCCAAACUCAUCGGCUACUUCUUCGUUUUACAGCCCAAGGUCAUAGAUGGUACCCCAUGUAGUCCGGACUCUACCUCUGUCUGUGUGCAAGGACAGUGUGUAAAAGCUGGUUGCGAUCGCAUCAUAGACUCCAAAAAGAAGUUUGAUAAAUGUGGUAUUUGUGGAGGAAAUGGCUCUACGUGCAAGAAAAUAUCAGGAUCAGUUACCAGUGCAAAACCUGGAUACCAUGACAUUGUCACCAUCCCAACUGGAGCCACCAACAUUGAAGUGAAACAACGGAAUCAGAGGGGAUCCAGAAACAAUGGCAGCUUUCUUGCCAUCAAAGCUGCUGAUGGCACAUACAUCCUUAACGGUGACUUUACCUUAUCCACUUUAGAGCAAGAUAUUACAUACAAAGGUGUUGUCUUGAGGUACAGCGGCUCCUCUGCAGCGUUGGAAAGAAUUCGCAGCUUUAGCCCUCUCAAAGAGCCCUUAACCAUCCAGGUUCUUACCGUGGGCAAUGCCCUUCGCCCCAAAAUUAAAUACACCUAUUUUGUGAAGAAGAAGAAGGAAUCUUUCAAUGCCAUCCCUACUUUUUCAGAAUGGGUCAUUGAAGAGUGGGGUGAAUGCUCUAAGUCAUGUGGGUUGGGUUGGCAGAGAAGAGUGGUCGAAUGCCGAGACAUUAACGGGCAGCCUGCGUCAGAGUGUGCGAAGGAAGUGAAGCCGGCCAGCACCAGACCUUGCGCAGACCUGCCUUGCCCCCACUGGCAGUUGGGGGAUUGGUCGCCGUGUUCCAAGACUUGUGGAAAGGGUUACAAAAAGAGAACCUUGAAGUGUCUGUCCCAUGAUGGGGGGGUGUUGUCUCAUGAGAGCUGCGAUCCUUUAAAGAAACCUAAACAUUACAUAGACUUUUGCGUGAUGGCAGAAUGCAGUUAAGCAGUGUCAGUUUUGAGGGCAAGGCAAAAGUGAGGAAGGACUGAUGACUGACAUCGAGAAGGCAGGAGGGAUCCAGUGUAUCUUGCCGGUAAUCCAGUGAGGUGUGUCAUUAAGGUGGGAUUGUGGAGGUAGGUUGAAAGGAGAUAAAUCAUCAGAGUAAACUGCCAGUUACAAAUUUGAUAGGGUAGUUAAUGAGGAUUAUUAACCUCUGAGCAGUGAUAUAGCAUGAUAAAGCCCCAGGGCAUUAUUAUUACUUCUUUUGUUACAUCUAUUACAAGUUUAAAAAAAAAAUACAGGAGCAAUUACCGAAAAAAGUAAGAACUGUUACCACCCCUUGUUUCCUGGUACUGAUUAAAUACUUUGUGUCAUGGGUUUGGGGAAUGAAAAGCAGGAGAAAGAUGAGAUUUUGCUUAAGACCUGGCUUACUCAACCUUGCUAAUAAUGAAGGGAGAGAGGAGUACAAGUAGGAUGUUUGAUCAGCACUGUUUAUGGCUCCUUUGCUUUGAGAAAACUUUUAUCCAUCUUUUCUACCAAGACUUAAGAGUUUGGGGUGUUCAACACGAGAGAAAAACUCAGCAAUAUGAGUUGACUCACACAGCUCCAUCUGCACCUUCUUGUACCACCUCAGUCUUUAUUUGUAUAAUUCGUUUUGAGGAAGAAACAAGUCCAUGUGUUGAUAAAAUUGCAUUAAAUCUACGCAGCAAAGUAUUAGGUGCUGGUAAAAAAUAGAGGAGAUGCAAUGAGCUUGGUACCUCCAACCUUUCUUCCCUACUGUGUAAGCCCAGUUUGGUUAUGUGGAUGGGAAAAAGUAAUUUGUGUCUAAAGAAAGUGAAAUCACACAGAAGGAUGCAAUGCCAGAAAAAGAACGGGGUGUGUAGAACAGGGUCCCACAGGUUUUUGGGGACAUUGAGAUCACUUGUCAUGUGGAGGGGAGUCUGCCGAGGGGUAGCAGGUCCAUCCCUGGCAGCUGGCCCAACAGUCGUAUCCUGGUGAAUGUCUGUUUAGCUCUUUUGUGAGAAAGAAUACAACUUUUUCAGUAUGUAUAUAGUAAAAUAUGUUACUAUAAAUUAUAUGUACUUUAUAAGUAUCAGUUUGUGUGUUCCUUCUAAGAAGGGCUGUAGUUUGUAAUAAAUGCCUAUAAUAACAUAUUUAUUUUUAUACAUUUAUUUCUAAUAAAACGUUUUAAGUUAUAUCGCUUUUGUAAAAGUACAUAUAAAAAUAGAGUAUUUAUACAAUAUAUGUUACUAGAAAUAAUAAAAGGACACUUUU